CAGAAGAACAAAAGAAACCUUCAAUAUCAUAUGUUCUAUCAAACUAAUUAUUUUCGGAAGCAAGGAGAUUUGAUGACCUAUGUGACACUAUAGGCACUUCCAGUGUCUGAACGAACGAAUUACAGAUUAUACACAGGCAUAUUUAUAGGUCUGACUCUUUCAGGGUCAACCAACAAGCAUGACGGCUGUUAAGUCACGUACAAGCACGUUAUCAAACCAUAGAUAUACUUAAAAGAUGGCUUAUAUUAUUUGAAGUAAAACUAUCUUCUUCUUCCUUCCAGCUUUCUCUUGGGCAUCCUACAUGAAGCCACGGUGUACCUGACCUACGAACCGACAGUAGUUUUUCAAAACUAAUUAUCAAAAGUUUGCUUGACAUACGAGUAAACAAUAAAGACUAAUACAUUCUUCUACAACCAACAUCUGCCACCCAGACAGUUUUGGUAAACCAUAUAGUCAUAUUUUGUUGUCAACAAAAUGGCCGACAUUUUCGAAUUCGUAGAAAACUCAACACGGUCGGACAACAACCAAAGUUCUAACAUAAACUGGACGGUAUCUACCGCCACACGACUAAAACAGUCCGUACCGGUUAUCGCCUUAUUUGGAGUGUCGUACUUCCUGAUCUUCGCCCUGUGUGUGGUCGGCAACACCCUGGUGUGCUUCGUCGUCAUCAAGAUCCCGCGCAUGCGCACGGUGACCAACUACUUCAUCCUGAACCUGGCCGUGAGUGACCUCCUGGUGGGGAUCUUCUGUAUGCCCUUCACUCUGGUGGACAACAUCGUCCUUGGUUGGCCGUUCGGUGACGUGAUGUGUCGCCUUGUACCCUUCAUGCAGACCACCUCCGUUAUAGCUUCGGUCUUCACUCUUCUGGCUAUUGCAGUGGAUAGAUUCUAUGCAGUAGUGCUUCCUACGAAGCCAAAGCUGAGCGUGAGCCAAAUGGUGAAGGCCGUCACCACCAUCUGGGUGUUCGCCUUGUCCGUGAGCCUGCCAUUGAUCAUCUUCAAGCACGACACGGAAUACCCGGACCCGGAAGGGGACGUCAUCUUCCUCGUCCAUUACUGUGACGAGCAAUGGCCUGCCGGAGAUGUCAGCAAGUAUUACAGCCUCUCGCUAUUCAUCCUCAGCUACCUGGUGCCUCUCGGCAUCAUCCUAGUCCUCUACGUGCUCAUCGGCCAUCGAAUCUGGUUCAAGGCCACACCAGGCGUACAGAAGGCGUCCAUGGAAGCCCAGAACAUAGCCUUGCAGAAGAAGAGAAAGGUGGUCAAGAUGCUGAUAGUGGUAGUGGUAGUGUUCGCCUUAUUCUGGCUGCCUCUCCACACUACCCUGUUACUGAAUGACUUUGUCCAGUUGUCCUACCUCCAAAGACAGGUCAUGUACAUCUAUAUUUUCCCCAUUGCCCAUUGGCUGUCCUACUUCAACAGUUCUGUGAAUCCUAUCAUAUACGGCUACUUCAACCCCAACUUUCGUGAUGGUUUUAAGUCACUGUUUACCAGAAAGGGAGGGAAUGGUGCAGCAUUGGCUGCACAGUCUCGCAUAAGCCGCUGUUCAUAGGUCCCGCUGUUCAUAAGUCAUGGUAUAAACCUAAGGACUUCAUAGUAGCUUAACAGCUUAUGCUACGGGUACAUUUGCAUCGGUGCCUGUUGGGGCUGCUUGUUCGGUCUGGCCCCGAAGCCACAAAUCUGUCUUGCUGGACAGUUGGAUACCGCUGAGUACCUCUCCGUGACCGUGACCGUACUCAGCGUACGACUUCUAUUCGUUACCGGGUCUCGGGUUGAUUUUGACUCCGCGAAUUUAAAUCCGCGGCUGGGCCAUGCUCAAAAAUAACCCUGCAGCCUCAGGGUGUCCUACAGGGCCACAUAAUUUCAUUAGCGCCAUGGCGGAAAGUGCAAAAAAGCCCAUGAGCUGCCCGGCAGGGCCUCUUUUUUUCCAAUUGUGACAGAAGAAUACUUUAACUUUGUAAACUUUGGCCACAAUUUCAACACGCUCCCGGAACUAAAUUCAAAUUUCGUAUUCUUUGGUAAAUGGUUGUCACAAUCUUCGAACAAGGUUUUUUUUUUAAAUGGUCCAAGAUAUAUAUAUAGAUGUCAAGAACCCUACCUUAUCUCUGACUAUAAUGUAACCAUGUUAUGCUCUAUCGAUGAAGCAAUGGCGCCUGUAUGAAAACUAAAGCUACAUCCCCCGUGGAAACUACCCAAUGUAAACCUACUCGAACGGCCUCAUCUAUUUCUUGACAACUAAGUACUCUAAUGUAGCAUUAGUGGUUCACGCUAUAGUGAGUCAUCGACGUUCUGUGCACUUAUGAUAUGCAUGCACCAGGAACAACUAAGUAACCUUUUAACAUGAAAGUAGUACAUUUAUCGGUUACAAGCGGCGCCAAUCAUCUUUGUUAUCGCUGCGGUUAAGAGAAAUGUGUGGGAGGAAGGCAGCCUAGCGGGUCGGAAAUUGAAGACGAAUUGCUUGCAAAACAGACGUGCAAAAGAUAACAAAUAGUACCAAUUUGAUGUACGCGACCCCUCAUCCACAAAACACACUGUAUAUAGAUUUGGUAAGGGCUAGCAAUAGUUUCUAUGGGAAAUAGUGAUAUGCUGUGAACUAAGGAUAGCACCUCUGUAUCUGUAUCUAUCCGCCAUUCGGCGUAACACAGAGCUUCGAAGCUACGCGACAUUACAGCAGUCGGUUAUAUUACAAUAAACUACCUGUCACAUGUAGCCCUUGCACAUGUAAGCAUUGUUUAGCGCUACUUAGUGAGGAUACUUCUACAGUGCUUGGUGGGAACGAAUUCCAUCUACGUUCUGGGGAAAAUGAAUCUUUGAUAAAUUCUGGGUUACUAACCUGGAUACUUGAAUUCUUUUUUUAUCUGGUAAUAGAUAUUUACUAGUUGGUACGUGUUAAAGUUCAUUAAUAAUUUUUACAUAAUGCAUGGUUUGGGUAUUUUCAUGUCUUUGAGUGGUGUCCGCGUAGACCAUUGCAGUUUUCAUUUUGGUGAAACUAGCUCCCGUAGUUAUUGUUUGUGCAGAAUAUGGCAGCUUGUUCUGUACCCCUUCCAGUUUAUCUUUGUCUUUUUUAGUAUAUGGAUCAUGUAGCACUGUUCCAGCAUAUCCCAGGUCUCCGAACUGACGUGACACGAAAUUGAUUUCAUUUGGCUGCAUGAUUAGACCCCGUUAUUUUGUCCUUGGCCGUCCUGUAACUGAUUCCCUUGGUUUUUGUCCUGCGCUGGACAAGUCUAGUAUUAAAUUUCAUGUAAUUGAUACAACGAUAAAUACAUGCAUGGUAAACUGGAAACGCGUAAAUGAAACAAGGAAGAUCUUGUUUAUACUUUUAUUGAUGUUACAGGUAUGUGUUCAAGAUUUUGAUUGUACGCCAGCUCACAUUGCUUGCCCUUAAUUGUUUUGCAACAUAUUGUAUGUUUAACGUAUAUUGAAGCGUGUUUCUACCAGCUAUGAUUGUUUUGUGUUUGCAUCUGUGUUUUUAAGUAGAACGUUUCUUACAAGUGUUUUGCUUUCUCUUCAACAUCAAUAAUUGAAUGUGAAAAUACAAUGGUGUAUUGUGAAAAUAUAUUGGUGUUCUGUAUAGGUGCGGUUUACUGCGAGAACAAUAGAAUACUCUUGACAGCUUCUAUGAGAAGUAUAACUAGGUAACUGUUUAACGGUGACAUAUUGGGCAACUUAUGAUAGUAGCGUUGUGAAUUAAGUGUCCAUUCUUGUUAAAGAAAUAAAAUUACACCUGACUUUGA